CAGGCUGUAGCGCAUAUUUAUAGUGUUGAUUACUCGGCGUAUCGAUCGGAGCUCUUCAUACUAGCAAGCUAGCUUGUGUCGUUAGGAUCGAAUUGCACAAUUCGUGCAGUCCAACCUAAGAUGGCCUGCCUGCAGCUGCAGGUUCUUCUCCUCCUCGCCUGCCUGCUGCUUGAUGCUCCUCAUCUUAGUAGUGCUGCAGCCACAGUUCCAACACCACCCUUCUCCUUCAACUUCGACUUCUCCAACAUGUCCACAUACAAGCCGGAUGACUUGAGAUUUGAGGGCAACGCGACUGUGCACGGCAGCUUCGUCGACCUCACCUGCAACGCAUAUGGGCUGGACAUCUCUCAGUGCACGGCUGGGCGGAUGUCGUACAAUCACCCGGUGCCCUUCUACGACCAAACCACCAAGGAGGUUGCCAGCUUCUCCACACAGUUCACCUUCAAGAUUAUUGUACCAAGAUUUAACAACGACAAGGAGAAGGGAGAUGGUAUGGCUUUCUUCCUUGCACGUUACCCAUCAAGAAUGCCUCCAGAUUCAGGCGGCGGCAGCCUUGGUCUCAUCACCAACAACAACUAUAGUAGCUUUGGCCCGGACCAGUUCGUAUCCGUCGAGUUUGACACGUACAACAACACCUGGGAGCAGCCUAAGCAGACUGGUGACCAUAUGGGCAUCAACAUCAACACAGUCACUUUUUCGACUAACACAACAAGUGUAUCCAGCUUCAGCCCGAAUGAGAGCAUGAUGAAGGCGUCCAUCACCUUUGACAGCAAGACCUCGAUGCUGGUCGCCUCUCUGCAGUAUACCGGUAAUUAUUCUAACUAUGCCCCUGUUAACGUCAGUGCGAAACUCCCAGAUCCUACGACCUUGCUCCCGUCGGAGGUGGCAGUGGGAUUUUCUGCAGCCACCGGGGCAGCCUUCGAGCUCCAUCAAAUACACUCAUGGUCUUUCAACUCAACUAUUGCUGCCCCGGUACAAAAAGAUCACAAGAAAGCCAUUGCCGUAGGGGUCUCAAUUGGAGGAGGUCUCAUAUUGGUGCUCCUGGUGUGGUCUAUUCUCUCAUGGUGGAAGUGGAGAAAAACAAACCGUGAAUUUGACAAGGGAACUCGUGGGGCUUGUCGGUUCAACUACCACCGCUUGGCUGCUGCAACAAACCAUUUUUCAAUGGAUAAUAGGAUUGGAGCAGGUACGUUCGGUGAAGUACACAAAGGUUUCUUGACACAAUUGGGCCGUGAAGUGGCUGUUAAGAAGAUCUUGAGGGAAUCCAGAGCAGGAAACAAGGACUUUUUUGACGAAGUCCAGACCAUCAGUAGAGCAAAGCAGAAGAAUCUUGUUGAACUUCUUGGUUGGGGAAUGAAGGGCAGCUCGAUCAUUGAUUUCGUCAUGUGCUGGCGUAGGCAGAAGAACACCGACCUUUUCCUGGUAUAUGAAUUUGUGGAUAACGGCAACCUACAUAUGCACCUGUAUGAGAAGGAGGCCCUGCUGUCAUGGAGAAUAAGGUAUAAAAUAGUGAAGGGCAUUAUCAGCGCUCUUGUUUACCUUCACCAUGAUAGACAUCCAUACAUUCUUCACAGGGAUAUCAAACCGAGCAACAUACUCUUGGACAAAAAUUUCAAUGCUAGAUUAGCAGAUUUCGGGCUGUCGAGAACUGCCGACAAUGGAACAAUACAAUCGUCAAUGGUUGUAGGAACGGAAAAUUACUUGGAUCCAGAGUGCAGGAAGACGGGAAAGUUCAACCGUAGCUCAGAUGUCUUCAGCUUCGGGCUCGUUCUGCUAGAGAUUGCUUGCAAGAAAGACGAGAAUAGCUAUGCACAAGUCUGGGAAAGGUACAUCGACAAAACUCUGAUGCAGGCUGCUGACGAUAGGUUACAAGGUGCGUUCGAUAAGAGGCAGAUGGAGCGUGUGAUCGUCUUGGGGCUGUGGUGUUGUCAGCCUAAUAUUGAGAUGCGACCUACGAUGGAGAAAGCAAUGGAUUUCCUGGAGAGUGAUGGGCCGUUGCCUAAACUGGCCAAACCCGAAAUUACCUCCUCAAGUGCGCCAAGCAAUUGAACUGAACAGGAUCAGUCGAAAUGUAUAAGUUGAAAGUAAGCAAGUCACACCAGAUAUAUUGUGUUUUACAUUGGAUUUUUUUUUCUUUCCUUUUAAUUAGUUUGGGCAUGUGGAAGUUAUCACGUACAUAGAGGGGUUGCAGUUGUGUUAAUUUGCUUGUGGCUGUAGUCAUCGUACAUGUACAUGUGGAGUCAGUUUUUGUAUAGCCACAGACUAUUCAGAGUUUCAGACGUGGGAUGUUGUGUUAUUUGCCGCCGUGGCAUCAGGAGUCUUUUGUACGUUUGUUUUGGAUUCACGAUUGAGUAUAAAAGAAAACAAGAAAACGCCGCAGUCGUUGUGCGGCACCAUA